AUGUGAAUCCUUACUGCUCAACUCCUGUGUGUUCGAAAAUCUUGACAUACCCACGACAUACGACUUGAACGCCACUCCUGGACUUUUACAUCAUGGCGCGACCAGACACGACAAAACGACGAGUCUCGAAUCUAGUCGGCCGCUUCGAGCAGCUCGCCCAAGCAGCUCCAAUUCGUGAGACUUCAGACCCAACAUCUCCGACCUCACCACGCCCAGCAUCUCAUCACGGCGAAAAGUCAUGGCUCCAACAUGAAAGGAGAAGUCUAUCACUCUCUUCAAUGCCGAAUACCUCAACACUGUCUGCUCAAUUGGAGAGAGAACUCAAUCGCAAUGCACAGUUGCGCCAGGAAAUCGAGUCGCUCCGAAGACGAUGCCAUGAAGAUGAUGACAUCUUGACCACGCUGUCGCAGCAAUUGGAGGAGGGAACAGAGUUGCAAGCAUCACUGCACAUGCAAACCUCUGGCUUACAGACCAAAGUCAACAGACUAGCCGACAAGCUUGCUCGAAGAGACAAGAUCCAAAAGGCAGAAUAUGAGCGUAGGAUUGUCACCGUGGCCAACGAGCGCGACAUCGUGGCUCAGCGGCUGAAGAUGGCAGAAGCGAGUGUAGAAAGAGCACGAGUUGCGGAAGAGAAGGUUAGGGGUGCAGAGGAAAAGAUCAGAACUGCGGACGAGAAGGCUCAGAUUGCAGACAGCCAAAUUUCGGCAUUGCGGAAUCAACUACUCGAACUCAAGACUGACGUUGCUGCAAGAUCCGGGAAGCAGGCAGAUGUUAGUGAUCAGGAAAUUCUGGACAUGAUGAACAAGCUCAACCAUCUGGUUCAAAAUUGGUGUGUUAGCACUUUCCGGAAAGUCAAGAUUGAUCCACGGAGAAUGAGUUGCAGGUUUGAAAAGAUAGAAGCUUUGCAAGAAGCCAGGUUACUACGCAAGCUCUACUCCAUGUUCGAUACGAGUAUCAAGAUCUUCACAUUUCAGGCUACGGUGCUGCAUCUCCUGAUGCCGAUUUUUGAUGCACACUUCUUCGGAUUACCAGAGGAACUGCAAGGUUUGGAGACAGCCGCCUGGGCAAUGCAAGCAACACCAAAAACAGCCUUUAGUGAAUGGCGAGCUGCAACAUUUGAGUUUCUGCAGCAUGAGGAUGGGGUUUGGCAGAAAUUUCGUCAAGUUUCCGAAGCUAAAGCGCAAGCACGAUUGAUGGAGCAAAUCUGCAAAAUAAUGUCAACAUUGACUGGUUUGACCGUCUCGGAAGAUCAGAGACGCACGUUGGUCGCAGUGGUCGAGCACGCUGUCUCGCUGUCGCGGACACUUGGGCGACAGCGGGCUACGUAUCGGUGUUUUCUGCCAGAAACUGAUGAGGAAGGCAACCUCAAAUUCGAUGUCGCCACGAUGGAGGAUCUAAUGGAUGAGCAUGAGGAUGAUGGUUAUGCUAAGGACAUCAAGUGUGUUGUGUUCCCAGCAUUGUUGAAGAUGGGAGGAGAGCAAGGUGAAGAUAUGGAUGUAAGAAAUCUCCUCUUGAAAGCCAAAGUGCUUUGCGUUGAGGAAGACUCUGACGACGAGUGUUCCGUAGACUGAGACUAAAGGUCAAGGAGUUUGGCUCAAAGAGUGUUCUCACGUUGACGUAAGCCUAACACUCUCCUAUGCACGUCAGCGACGGGCUCGGAUCUCGAAGGUACAUGGCGCUUGGAAGCCGAGGCCUUGUUGAUGCGCGUCAUGGUUGCGUCCAAUGUUUGCUCAAUAUGGUGCACAAGCUUGUCUGCACUAGUAGCAUCAGACGUGAUGGCACGCAGGCGGAUGAAGAUAGCAUCCAGGAAGGUGUCGAGGAGGGCGAACAUGUUGUGUUCUGGCUCUUGGCGAUGCAGUUGCAAAAACGGCAUGUAGACGAACUCAUCGUACAGGGUAGCAAUGCGGCGGAAGAUCUUUGCCUCGAUGUGCGUCGGUCUGUGCAAUCCACUAGUCGAACGUCAGCUUAAUGUGUGGACCAACUGCGAGUACAUAACUGACUCGAUAAUGUCGAC